AUGACCCUCUCGAAGACGAUCACCCUUGCCAGCGGCACGCAGAUGCCCCUGGUCGGCCUGGGCACCUGGAAGUCGGCCCCGGGCGCCGUCUACGAGGCGGUGAAGGCCGCCCUCGACAUUGGCUACCGGCACAUUGACUGCGCCUUUGCCUACGGCAACGAAGCAGAGGUGGGCAAGGCCCUCUCAGAGGCGCUCUCCUCCGGCAAGGUCCGCCGCGAAGAGCUCUUCAUCACCUCGAAGCUGUGGAACACCUACCACAAGCGCGAACGAGUGCCGCUCUGUCUGGAGAAGACGCUGGCCGCUCUUCAGCUGGACUACGUCGACCUCUACCUAAUUCACUGGCCACUCGGCUACCAGGAGGGCGACGUCACCUUUCCCCGAAAUGAGAAGGGCGAGGUGCUCGUCUCUGAGAUCGACUACCUCGAGACCUGGGCGGGCAUGGAGGACGUGCACGCGGCGGGCAAGGCGAAGAACAUCGGCCUCUCCAACUUCAACUCGGAGCAGAUCACCGCCGUGCUGAAGGAGGCGAAGGGGGUGAAGCCGGUGGUCAACCAGGUGGAGUGCCACCCCUAUCUCAACCAGCGUCGGCUGAUUGACUUCUGCCGCAGCAAGGACAUCGUCGUCACCGCCUACAGCCCGCUGGGCUCGCCGGACCGUCCCUGGGCCAAGCCCGGCGACCCCAGCCUCCUCGACGAGCCUCGCCUGAAGGCGAUCGCCGAGAAGCACGGCAAGUCCGCCGCCCAGGUGCUGAUUCGCUUUCAGGUGCAGCGCGGCGUGGUGGUCAUCCCCAAGUCGGUCACUCCGGCGCGCAUCGCCGCAAACAUCGCCGUCUUUGACUUUGAGCUGACCCCCGAAGAGAUGGCCACCAUCGAGGCCUUUGACAAGCCCAACGGCACCGGUCGGCUGAUCAACCUGGCCGCCAACGGGCCGAACGUCACCGGCCACAAGUACUACCCCUUUGCGAUUCCCUUCUAG